CUUGAUGUUAACUCGAAGUCAGAUUUUCCGAUGAUAAUUCUACGUCACUGCACUAGGCUUGCUAUCGAUUUUGAUGCCUAUGCUUGUCAUGCCUGGGGUCAUGAUGUCAUAACACUAUUACGUCAAAACGAAGAGCUGAAGGAAGCACUAGCAUAUCUACUUCUACGUUGCAAAGCACACAUGUCACGUGCACUGAGAAUGAAGGAAGCCAUGGAGCUGCCAGCAAGACGGUUACAAUGGCCAAGGGUCCUUCACAUAGCCCAAUGCUAAGAAAGAGUGUGACUACGUCAGGUCGACCAGCUCCUUCACCCAGAGAGUCGGAUGAUGCAAAGUUAGAGGAUGAAAUCAAUUUAUUUCAUCUUAAGAUGCUCAUGGAAACGUUUCAGCAAGCUGAUGAAAAUGGCAGUAAUGGUUUGGAUGUCGAUGAGUUCUGUCUUGCGUUUGGAGAUAUACUUGGCAAAGGAAAGAAUCGUCAACAAAUGAACUUUAUGUUUAUGAAAAUUGACAGCAACUGUGAUGGUACAAUAGAUUGGGAUGAGUUUUGUACCUACAUGUUGCUACAGUAUCAAGAAAAAGAUGGCAUGGGAAGCACUGACAGAGAUAAACCAUUCCCCCGACCUCUACGUAUUAUUCAAAGUCCUCACCAUGAUGUAGUCAGCUGCAUCUGUUGGCUUCAGAACACUCGUCGUGUUGGUGGUGAUGGGCCUAUUGAAGAACACAAAAUGAAGGACGGCCGUUACGUGAUGGUUAGCAAGGAAGGAACAGCUUGCUUCUGGAAUAGUGACAUGGUUCUACAGAAAACAGUAACUUUGGAUUAUCCGACUCACAAGAAGAUGUGGGUCACUGAUUGUAUUGCUCUUAGUAAUGUCAACAAAAUUGCUAUUGCAACAACAGAUCAUGAUCUCUGCUUUUAUGACCUUUCUGCUGGUUUGUGUGAAAGGCAGUUUCAUGUCACUACUCUUCCUGGUGCUAUACAGCACAUGGACUAUUGGUUUGAUCUUCUUAUACCAAACCAUAGCAUUCUCACUUUUGGCGACACAGGUGGCAAUGUGGGAGCAUUUACUUUUCACAAAGCAACCCAGGGUCUUUUUGCAGCAAAGAAACAAGAAAAUUGCAUAAGGAUUCCUUUUAUUGAAUUGUUGAAAGGGAAACGAUCUGUUCUGUGCACUGCUGUGCUAUUUGAGAAAGUGCACAGUGAUUGGACAAAGAAGGUGAUGUACUCGCGAGCACUGGAUUCAUUCAUUUCUUGUUCGUGUGAUUCUGAUGCAGCUAUUGUGUUAGGUCAUAUGCAUAGCACAAUUGGCAGGACUCAGUUUAAAAUUCCAAAAGGAGUGAAUUCAUUUGAUUAUUCUGAAGAUUGGAAUUGCAUUGUCACCGGAGGAAUUGAUAGAAUUAUUAGGAUGUGGAGUCCUCAUGUUGUCAGUAAACCAACUGCUGUGCUGAAAGGUCACAAUGUGGCUAUCACACACAUCAUAAUAUGUAAGAAGCGAGCCCACAUUUACAGCAUAUCAAAAGACAAAAUGGUCAAGGUUUGGGAUUUACGUGGUCAGCUAUGCAUUCAAACUAUGUCCAGGUUUCAAAGUUUGGGGCCAGCUCCAAUAUCUGGUCUUUUCUUCAAUGAACAUAAUCGCACCAUUGUAAUAGCUGCUAGCCAGAUUGGGGUGCUUGAUGGUAACAGCUGUGAUCACUCUGAUGGCCACAUUACUAGUCAUGACAAACCUAUUCGAGUUGCUCUGUAUAAUGAAAACUUCAGCCAAGUUGUGAGUGGCUGUGCAGGUGCUGUGGUGUGUGUGUGGGACGUGGAAACAGGAGAAAAGGUGAUUCAGUUCUCUCGAUUGCAUGGUGAUGCAGAGAUCACAGCUAUGGCAUUUGAUCCCACGGGAAGACGGUUAAUAACAUCUGGUCAAGAUGGGACUGUGAAACUCUGGAACUUCAACAAUGGAGCAUGUUUGGGACAGCUAGAUUCACCAGAUAAAACAGAGAUCACAUCAAUUGUCUGUCCUCGGGGAAGAAUUUGUACUGCUGGUUGGAGUAGACGAGUUGUUGUUCACCGUGAUGUGAGGGAUGGACAAUUAGACAUUCCUCCUCGAAUGUGGCAAAUUGUUCACAAUGAGGACAUUCUCUGCAUGUCACUAUGUGGUUCAAGCCUCCUUGCAACAGCAUCUUAUGACGGUGAUAUUCUUAUAUGGAGUUUGGACAUGGAAACCAUUUACUGUCAGUUGAAUGCCAAUGGAACAAGUGAAACAAUCAUGGGAGGUCCAAUGCCUGGGAAAGCUACAUUGCACUCAUUCAUUCGCAUUCGUUCAUUUAUGGAAACACAGUUCAUGCCAAAUGAGGAAAAACCUUCUAAAAUGAAAGUUGUGUUUCUAAAAAAAAAUGCUUCCAGGAGAUACUCUGUGGCUGCUGACCUGGUGUGCACAAAAAAUGAAAACAAUAAAGACAAACAUAAACCUCAGCCAUUUCAAAGCAAGAAUCUGCAGGAGAGCACUGACAUUUCUCGUCUUUUACAGUCAGCUGGUGAAGUGGCACUCCAUGGACGAGGACGACUACGAAAACGAGCAUCAGUUCAAAUUCCAGCAUCAGAAAGAAACAUUUCUGGUGGAGUAGAAGUUGAGUACGGAAACAAAUCAACAGUCAAUGACAAACAGUCAAGUGAAACUUCAUUCUAUCUACAACAGAACAGUAGAGCUAUUGAGCAAAUCUUGUUUCUUGAAGCAAGAUUACAAGACAGUGACACGGCAGUUGUAGUUGCUGCAGGUGCAGGAGGUUGGGUGCGUUUCUGGAAUAUCUACGGCAGUGGCUUGCAAGGAGAGUAUUUAGGUUUACAUCAUGAUCAUCCAGACUUCUCAUCUGUUUCUGCACUGGCCACAGACCCAGAUAAUAUUCUGUUGUACACAGGAUGCAGUCAGGGAUAUAUUAAGGUGUGGGAUAUAUCUGACUAUUGUAUCAGCUCCAGUGCUCAAAAACAAAGCUGCAAUCCACGAAAGCUCUCUCUUUAUGUACGCCUGCUGAUAUGCAAAAUAGCGUACAAAAACAGCAAGACUCCCUUGGAUAGACUAGUUGCCAAACCCAAGUUGACAUCAAAGUUCAAACAACCGCCUAUUCUAUGUUCUUGGCAUGCUCAUGUUAGAAGUGUUACGAGUCUCAGUUAUAACAAGGAAAGAGAAUGUCUAGUUACAGCAUCAGCAGACUGUACUGUUAGACUCUGGACGGGAUGUGGCCGAUACAUAGGUACAUUUGGUCAAAAAACUGUAUGGAGGAUACCUACCGUUUCUGCAUCCACAUCAACUCCCAUGCCAGAAGGCAUUCCCAAAGAUGUUGAUCAUAUCGCCUCUGAAUAUACUCUGAAGACUGUGUCUGGUCCCUAUGCUACACGCUCUCAAUGGGUUUUGGCACGGAAUAUUCUCAAAACAAUUCAUGCAAUGGGACUAAGCAACUCUAGACGGGAACACUUUGGUACAGAACAAUCAGGAACAAAUGGUGCUUUCUUAGACAAGCAAACAAAUGAUGAUCAUGAACAACUGAAGAUGCAAAAUAUGCAAGCUUUUGUAGACAUGCGCAAAUGCCAGACAAGGGUCAAGAAAUCAUAUCAGCUGCCUAAGCUGCGACAUGAUGGGUUCGGAAAUUUCGUCAUUUACCCAGAACUGCACAUUGCUGAACUAGAAGAUGUGAAAAUGCCCCAUACCGGAACAACUGGUACCUCUCUAACAUCAAUAGUCCAGUCCUUGUGGUUUCCUAAAGGAUUGGAUGCAAGCAGAGUAGCCAAAAACAGAUGUGGAGCACUCAAGUCUCUUGUGCAAAGAUCAACAUACAAAGGAAAGUCAAAGCCAAAGUUCAAUGAGCACAACCUGUUUAAUAUUCCAACUGCUAAAGAAGCCAAAUGA